AGUAAUCAUACCAAUGAGGUCGGAACAAGUGUACACGUGUCUGCUUGACUCAUUUGCAGUGUGAUCGACAGUGGAGACGGCGAGCAGCCGCCUUCAGGUUAUUCCGACAACAGCAAACGUGGUUAGAGUAAAACGCAGAAAAUCUCACCAUGGACGACAUUGAUAUCUACCUUGAUUCAGCUCUAAAAAAGGACGUCAAACUCGGCAAAUUCAUUCAAGGUACUCUGGAAAAUGGUCCUGCCAGUGAUAGUGAUGAGCAAGAUGGUGAAAACAGAAAAGAGAGUUUAUCGUUUAUUGCUUCCACGAGUUCUGAUCCACCUGCAACCGAAACCGAUUAUGGAUCGUCAUCAGUGAAACAUGCACCUGCCGAGAUGAAUCAGAGCUUCGCAUGUGAUCCCUUUGACACGUCGUCGUUUGAAGUGAGCAUCACUGACGAUGAUCUGCCAGACUUGAUCCUUCAUUUCGCUGAACCUAACGAUUUUGAAAGAGAUUGCGUGUCAGCCCAUGUCAAGCGCCUGAAACGAGAGCUAGAAGAGUCUGCCAAACGCAAAGCGAAGCGGCAUGAUCAGCCAAAGCAAUGCCAAUUUACGGGGAAACCCAUCGACGCCGGCACUAGCGUCCGAAGGGCAAUGAAACCGAAACCUCGUCGACGUCAACGGCAAAAGCCAUUUGGUUUUGGAAAAAAAUCCAACGACGCCUAAAAUUACGUCUACAUGUUUGUUUAAUCAGCCGCUAGAUGGCAUUUUUGUUUUUUCCGAGUUCUCGGUGCAUUAAAAUUUAUUGAAGUUGCGGUAAAUUUAAAGGAAUGAUUCAAGUUGGAAUAGAUUAUUACGUUGAACUAAA